AUGUCGUCAGAAAUAUCAAAUUUGGACAGUGAUGUAGCAGAACUGGGGCCAAUGGAGGAAAAACCCUCAACGUCACCAUCGUCCAGCCCGCUGCCUUCCUCAGUCACCCCCGGCCUGGAGGCUGUCCACAUCUGGCUUGGUCUCCUUGUCUGCACCCCCUACACCAUCUCCAUUGUGGGGAACUGCACUGUUCUCUGCAUCUUACAAGAAGACCGACAUCUCUGUCAAUCUAUGUACUUCUUCCUUUGCAUGAUGUCCCUCAAUGACCUUGAGGUCUCACUCUCCACACUGCUCACAGUGUUCACCACCUUCUGCUUUGACUCCCGAGGAGUCAGCUUCAGCGCCUGUUCAGCCCAGAUGUUUUUCAUCUACUCCAUCUCCUACUCGGGGCUGCUGCUGGCCAUGUCCUUCCAUUGCUUCAUUGCCAUCUGUAACCCACUGCACUACAGGUCUGCCCUCACCAGCACCAGGAUCCUGGGCACCGGGCUGGCUGCCGCAGUGAGAGGCUUUGGUGUGCUGUCACCCUUGGCUUUUCUUCUUAGGCGCCUGCCUUUCUGCUGUGCCAAAGCCCUCUCUCAUCCCUACUGUCUGCACCCAGACAUAAUGAAGCUGGCAUGUGCAGACUUUUCUCUCCAUAUUUUGUAUGGUCUGUGUGCUGUUAUCCUAGUCUUUGGAAUAGGCUCAUUGCUCAUUGUCAUCUCCUAUGUUAUGAUUUGGACAACCAUCAUCAGCGCUACGUCUCAAGGGCAGCAUCUCAAAGCCCUGUGCACCUGCGUCUCCCUUGUCUCUGCUGUCUCCACCAUACACUGGUUUGGGGAGGACCUUCCUCUGAUGUCCAGUAUUUACCUCUCUGUGCCUCCUGUUCUCAACUCUCUCAUUUACGGUGUGAACAAUAAAGAUAUUUGA